CUACGCCAAAAAAACACAAUAACCUUAAUAUUAAGUCUCAGCAGACCACAGCUGCUGCCUUAAACCUUAAGAUCUAACUGAAUAAGUGGCCUCAAUUUACAAUCAUAAAGAAGAUGUUUUCCCCAUCCUUAGAAGGCCGAAUGCCCUCUCUAUCGUCACCCUAUCAAGGCGAUCACCACCAAGGCUCCAACCCUAAAAGACUACAUCAAAACAAGCCAAGAACCCCAACUUCCAUCACAAAAUGCGCUGCUGCGCAAUCAUCACCUUCAUCAUUUCUUUCGCUUCAGCCCAACAAUGCACCUACAAAACAAUCCAGCCAAAGGGCUCUGAGCCUGCUACCGCUCCCAAUUGGGAAUAUUCCGUCAUUGCCAAUAAACUAACACGACCUCGCGGCAUAUUGUUUGACAGUGAGGGUGCUCUCAUUGUUUUAGAUUCUGGAAACGGUAUAAUCCACAUGAAGCUCGAUGACAAUGACGCUGGAGGGAGAUGUCUCCGAGUCUCAAGCAGGACGACUUUACUUAAAAAGAGUGAUCUAAACCAUGGGCUCACCAUUUCAAAGGAUGGCCGCACCAUAUAUGCCUCCUCAUCAGAGAGCGUCUUCGCAUGGUCUUACGAUCCUAAGAAAGUCACGCUGGAUCAACCCUCAGAGCAGACACUAGUUAACAACAUGACUAGUGAAGGCUAUACACCGCGAACCCUUCUCAUCUCACAGAAAUACCCUGAUAUGCUUCUCGUUUCCCGAGGGAGCGAUAAAUAUCUUGACCCGGGAACCGAAGAACUUUCCACUGGCCGCUCUCAAAUUCGUGUUUUCAACAUCUCAUCUUUCAGUAACAGUUCGCCCAAUACGAAGCCCUAUAGCUACGUUGAUGAUGGUGUCCGCCUCGGCUGGGGUCUGCACAAUUCGGUCGGCAUAGCAGAACACCCCGAUACUGGUGGAAUAUUCAGCGUUGAGAACUCUUAUGACAGCCUUAAUCGGGAUGGCAAAGAUAUCCACAAUGAUAAUCCGGGCGAAGAGAUGAACUUUCACGGCUAUCUCAAUGGUUCUACGGAAAGCAGCGGCGGCAACUAUGGCUACCCUUUUUGCUUUGCCUUGUGGUCCACAGACAAGUUUCCUAAGCUUGGUGACCUCAAAAUUGGCCAACAGUUUGCUGCUGAUCGUAAGUCUGGUCAAUCUCGUCGAACCGAUCGGGAAUGCAGAAGGGAUUACGUUGCUCCCGUGCUAGUAUUCCAAGCCAACACUUCGCCUUUGGACCUUAAGUUCGACCAGAACGGCACACGGGCAUAUGUCUCUUUCCAUGGAAGCUGGGACCGUCGUGAGCCGGUUGGAUAUCAAGUUGCAUAUACCGACUUCAAAAAUGGACAACCUGCGGCUGCCGCUUCACGAAGCAGGAAUGCCACCAAACCCAUCAUUUUCAACAAAUCACUCAAUAAAUGCCCGGAUGACUGUUUCCGCCCUGUUGGCCUGGCCUUGGACUCAAAAAGUCGGUUGUUCUUCUCCUCUGAUAAAACUGGUGAGAUUUUCGUGGUAAAUCACAAUGACACUACCCGGGAUAGGGGAGGCAAUAAAUCUUAGGAGGGUGCCAAUGACGAUAAUUCUGCCUUCGUCUUACGUCCCGGGUCGGCUGCGUUAAUCAUGACAUUAGCCGCAGUUAUCAUGGGAGGCUUCCUUGCUUGAUAGUUCCAAGUGGGCAACCAAGUUCUUGUGUUUUAAUUAAGGCUUAAUAAGAGUGCUGGUGGACGGGUGGAGUAUCAGUGUUUCUGAGUUGGAACAACAGUUUAAGUUGUGGGCACAGCUGUUUCGUAUCGUCAUAGCAAUUCAAUAUUCAAGCAUCGAUAACAUAACAUUUUUAAGAAUUCUCAGGUCU